UGAAUGAGCCAAAAGAAGGAACCAUCCUCACCCCCCACACCUCAUCCACUCGACCCAGACCUCAAUCAUAGGGAGAGAAGCUCUGCUAAAACUCCAUUUUUCAUCCACCAUUUUCGCACAAAGCAAGGGGAGGAAGAAGGAAGGGAAUAGAGAAGAGAAAAGUUGGUUUUGGAGAGGAAAAACUUGUGUUUAGCAAGGUAUUCAAGGAACUUUCACGGGGUUGAAAAGGUCGCCGGAGUUGUCGCCGGAGUUCGUUGAAGUUCGCCGGAGUUUCGUCGGAGCUAAAUCGGGAAGGCUAGAACUUCAUAAGCUUCAUUAAGGUUGAGGCUAGAGCCCUACUACCUGCACCUUUGCCUAGGGUGACUGAUCGAGAAGGAAGACGUGAAAUGGAGGGUGGACGCAGGAUAACUAGGAGGAACCCGACAGGGCAUGUGCCGGGGGCCACCGGGCAUGCCACUCGGGCGGAAUCACGGACCUCUAGGGGUAGAGGCCGGGGCCAAAGCCGAGGAGGAGGCCGAGGCAGGGGUCGUGGGCGUUCUACCACGCCGACGACAAGCAGCACACGCGUCGGUUCCGUGCACCCGUCAUGGGCCACCGAACCGGACGACUUCACCUAUGCUCCAAGCACGGAGCAAGAGGAGACCCCGUACAACGGGGAGGACUGUGAGGAAGAAGAUGAGGAUGAUGAUCCACAUUACGACCGUAUGAGUGAGGUACUAGAGUGGUACCUCGAGAAUAAAGCAAAGAGAGAGCAGCGGCGCCAAGCUAGGCAGGCUAGGCAAACCAUGGGGCAGGGAAGCCGAAGUGCUUCUAGUGCUCCAUCCGGAGCAUUUGGAGGAGACACGAUGGUGCGUAUCUCCAAGUACCUCAAGGAGGCCAGGGCCUUGGGGUGCAAAUCAUUUGAUGGCAAGGGCGACAUAUCCGAGGCCGCCGACUGGAUUAAGAAGCUGAAUGAUGCUUCUAGGGAUAUGCAAAUUGGACUCGACGUGAAGUUGAGGGUUGCCACCAGGCUACUGGAAGGGGUAGCUGCUGUAUGGUGGGAAGGCGUGGAAGGAAAGUUCCACGGUGAGGCCACUUGGGAGAAGUUCGAAGUGGAAUUCUAUAAUCAGUACUACUCAACUUUUGAAGUCAAUCUCAAAAGAAGGGAGUACACAAACCUGAAACAGGAGGAUGGUUGCUCGGUGAGGCAAUUGGAACAAAGGUUCCGUGACUUGGCCCGAUUCAUCCCAGAAUACUCUCUGGAUGAAAAUCGAAUGGCCAAUCAUUUUUGGGAUGCUCUACAGUUGGACAUCCGUGACCGGGCUACUUACCAUCACAACAUGACAUUUAGCCAGAUUGUCGAUCAGGGGCUCCUUGGGGAAGCCCAAUGGAACGAGAGGAAGUUGAGGGACGCCGAGGAGGCGAAGAAGAGAAGAUGGGGAAACUCGGGACCCCAAGACCACACCCGGAAGCAUCACGCUGGGGGUGGCAAUUCAUUCAGGGCGCCGGCACCACCGGCGAAAAGGAACAAAGGUUCAGGAGGGCAAGGGCCCAAACCGGGGGGUGUGGGACCACCCAGGUGCGCAAACUGCGGUAAGAACCACGGGGGAAGGUGCAAUGAACCACCCCGGUGCUUCAAAUGCGGUAGCACGAGCCACCUCAAAUCCUCUUGUCCAAUGCUGAACGGGGGAGGACCAUCGGGAGCCAUGGGAGGACCUACGACUAGUAGGGGACGUGCGGGGCCGUCUCAGGCCGGCACGGGGAGGAGCGGACCCACGGCUAGCAACGCCGCAUCCGUUAACCAAGGGAGGACCCAAGCACGGGUGUAUGCAAUGACCGAGGCUGAUGCUCGGGCCAACCCGGACUCCAUUGCAGGUUGAGGCUAGAGCCCUACUACCUGCACCUUUGCCUAGGGUGACUGAUCGAGAAGGAAGACGUGAAAUGGAGGGUGGACGCAGGAUAACUAGGAGGAACCCGACAGGGCAUGUGCCGGGGGCCACCGGGCAUGCCACUCGGGCGGAAUCACGAACCUCUAGGGGUAGAGGCCGGGGCCAAAGCCGAGGAGGAGGCCGAGGCAGGGGUCGUGGGCGUUCUACCACGCCGACGACAAGCAGCACACGCGUCGGUUCCGUGCACCCGUCAUGGGCCACCGAACCGGACGACUUCACCUAUGCUCCAAGCACGGAGCAAGAGGAGACCCCGUACAACGGGGAGGACUGUGAGGAAGAAGAUGAGGAUGAUGAUCCACAUUACGACCGUAUGAGUGAGGUACUAGAGUGGUACCUCGAGAAUAAAGCAAAGAGAGAGCAGCGGCGCCAAGCUAGGCAGGCUAGGCAAACCAUGGGGCAGGGAAGCCGAAGUGCUUCUAGUGCUCCAUCCGGAGCAUUUGGAGGAGACACGAUGGUGCGUAUCUCCAAGUACCUCAAGGAGGCCAGGGCCUUGGGGUGCAAAUCAUUUGAUGGCAAGGGCGACAUAUCCGAGGCCGCCGACUGGAUUAAGAAGCUGAAUGAUGCUUCUAGGGAUAUGCAAAUUGGACUCGACGUGAAGUUGAGGGUUGCCACCAGGCUACUGGAAGGGGUAGCUGCUGUAUGGUGGGAAGGCGUGGAAGGAAAGUUCCACGGUGAGGCCACUUGGGAGAAGUUCGAAGUGGAAUUCUAUAAUCAGUACUACUCAACUUUUGAAGUCAAUCUCAAAAGAAGGGAGUACACAAACCUGAAACAGGAGGAUGGUUGCUCGGUGAGGCAAUUGGAACAAAGGUUCCGUGACUUGGCCCGAUUCAUCCCAGAAUACUCUCUGGAUGAAAAUCGAAUGGCCAAUCAUUUUUGGGAUGCUCUACAGUUGGACAUCCGUGACCGGGCUACUUACCAUCACAACAUGACAUUUAGCCAGAUUGUCGAUCAGGGGCUCCUUGGGGAAGCCCAAUGGAACGAGAGGAAGUUGAGGGACGCCGAGGAGGCGAAGAAGAGAAGAUGGGGAAACUCGGGACCCCAAGACCACACCCGGAAGCAUCACGCUGGGGGUGGCAAUUCAUUCAGGGCGCCGGCACCACCGGCGAAAAGGAACAAAGGUUCAGGAGGGCAAGGGCCCAAACCGGGGGGUGUGGGACCACCCAGGUGCGCAAACUGCGGUAAGAACCACGGGGGAAGGUGCAAUGAACCACCCCGGUGCUUCAAAUGCGGUAGCACGAGCCACCUCAAAUCCUCUUGUCCAAUGCUGAACGGGGGAGGACCAUCGGGAGCCAUGGGAGGACCUACGACUAGUAGGGGACGUGCGGGGCCGUCUCAGGCCGGCACGGGGAGGAGCGGACCCACGGCUAGCAACGCCGCAUCCGUUAACCAAGGGAGGACCCAAGCACGGGUGUAUGCAAUGACCGAGGCUGAUGCUCGGGCCAACCCGGACUCCAUUGCAGGUUGAGGCUAGAGCCCUACUACCUGCACCUUUGCCUAGGGUGACUGAUCGAGAAGGAACACGUGUUUCAGGUAGAAGUUGAAGCUUGCUACCAUCGCUCGUUGCUUCGGGGAAGUCUAGGAGAGGAGACGUGGUUCAUGCUUCCUCUGUUCCUGUUUUAAAGACAAUUAUAUAAAUGCUCAUGGAUAUAAUUUUUUUGAAUAAUUAUUUGGGGGCUUGUAUGCCUAAGUUUUCCAAGUGUGGCUUGAACACUUGUAAUAUUGUUUCCGCUGCUUUAAUGAAUAUUUUACAUUAUGUUUGUUA